GCCAAAAUAUAAUUUGUAAUAUAUUUUCAAGUAAAUCCUCAAAGCCUUGUCCAACCAUAAUAAUCUUGUCAAAUUUUAUGAUGCAUGUGAGGAUGCACUUAACGUCUACGUAGUCAUGGAAUUAUGUGAAGGUGGAGAAUUAUUAGAAAGAAUUUUAUCCAGAGGUGGAAGGUACUCAGAGGAGGAUGCAAAAGCUAUAGUUAUUCAAAUACUGAGUGUAAUCGCCUUUUGUCAUCUUCAAGGUGUUGUGCAUCGUGAUUUAAAGCCAGAGAAUUUUCUUUUCACCACUAGAGAUGAAAAUGCUCAGAUGAAGUUGAUUGAUUUUGGCCUUUCCGAUUUUGUUAAACCAGGUGAGCAUUGUUUAGUGGCAUGGUCUAGUUGAUUGCUUUUUUGGUGAUGUUAAACAUGA